AGAUUCUUUAAAGAACCCCGGACGCUUCGUGCCUGCUGUGAAACUCCAUACAUUUGAUUAUCAAUUCCUCCGGAGUGGCCGUUCUCCCCUCCUCUGACCGAGAAAUACCCCUUCUCGCUACUCCUAAUACUCGAUACUCGUUGACUCUAUCACUCUAUCUUUGCCCCUCAUGCCUGGCGCUGACAGGAAGCCCAAGACCUUGUACGACAAGGUUUUGGAUGCUCACAUUGUGAACGAGCAGGAAGAUGGCACUCUCCUGAUCUAUAUCGACAGACAUCUGGUCCACGAAGUCACCUCUCCACAAGCCUUUGAAGGCCUCAAGAACGCAAGCCGCAAAGUCCGCCGGCCGGACUGCACCCUUGUCACUGUCGACCAUAACAUCCCCACCACAUCGCGAAAAAACUUCAAGAACGUCGAAGAAUUCAUUGAAGAGAACGACUCCCGCCUGCAAUGCUCGACCCUCGAGGAGAACGUCAAGGACUUUGGUCUUACAUACUUUGGAAUGGGUGACAAGCGCCAGGGUAUCGUGCACGUUAUUGGUCCCGAGCAGGGUUUCACUCUCCCCGGCACAACUGUCGUCUGCGGUGACAGCCACACUUCCACACACGGUGCCUUCGGCUCCCUUGCCUUCGGUAUCGGUACCAGUGAAGUCGAGCACGUCCUCGCUACUCAGACCCUCAUCACCCGCCGCAGUAAGAACAUGAAGAUCCAGGUUGACGGCGAGCUCCCAGCUGGCGUUACAUCGAAGGAUGUCGUUCUGCACGUUAUCGGAUUGAUUGGAACCGCUGGUGGUACAGGGUGCGUUAUCGAGUUCUGCGGCUCCGUCAUUCGUGGGCUGAGCAUGGAGGCUCGCAUGUCCGUGUGCAACAUGUCCAUUGAGGGUGGUGCGCGUGCUGGCAUGGUCGCACCCGACGAGAUCACGUUUGAGUACCUCAAGGGCCGCCCUCUGGCGCCCAAGUACGACAGCGCCGAGUGGAAGAAGGCCGUCAGCUACUGGUCUAGCUUGGCUUCCGACGAGGAUGCUGUCUACGACAAGACCCUCCUGGUCGAUGCCAAGGACAUCGUCCCCACGAUCUCAUGGGGUACCUCUCCCCAGGAUGUUGUUCCUAUCACCGGAGUUGUCCCUGGGCCCGACGACUUCGAGGACGAGGCACGCAAGCUCGCCUGCACACGGGCUCUCGAAUACAUGGGCUUGACUGCUGGAACCCCCAUGAAGGACGUCACCGUCGACAAGGUCUUCAUUGGAUCUUGCACAAACUCGCGUAUCGAGGACUUGCGCGCCGCCGCGAAGGUCGUGCGCGGCAAGCAGAUUGCCGCCAACAUUAAGCGUGCCAUGGUCGUCCCCGGAUCCGGUCUGGUCAAGCAACAAGCCGAAGCCGAGGGUCUUGACAAGAUCUUCGUCGACGCAGGCUUCGAGUGGCGCGAGGCUGGCUGCUCCAUGUGCCUAGGAAUGAACCCCGACAUCCUCUCCCCGCAGGAGCGCUGCGCUUCCACCUCCAACCGCAACUUCGAAGGCCGCCAGGGCGCCGGUGGCCGCACCCACCUCAUGUCCCCCGCCAUGGCUGCCACAGCCGCCAUUGUCGGUAAGCUCGCCGACGUCCGUGAACACCUUGUCGCCAGCCCACGUCUCGGCAAGGUCCAACCAAAGGUCGACGUUCAGCCUGAAGCCGAAGAGGUCGACACAGAGGAAGAAUUCGACCGCAUCCUCGACCAGCCCGCCGACAACGAACCCCACACCAACACCUCCGCCUCCUCCGGCGCCGCUGGCGCCUCCGCCGGCCUCCCCAAAUUCACAAACCUCAAGGGCAUCGCUGCCCCCAUGGACCGCAGCAACGUCGACACAGACGCAAUCAUCCCCAAACAGUUCCUCAAGACCAUCAAACGCACCGGUCUCGGUACAGCCCUCUUCUACGAACUCCGCUACAAGAACAAUGAGGAAGACCCCUCCUUCAUCCUCAACCAGGGUGUCUACCGCCAAUCCAAGAUCCUCGUCGUGACGGGACCCAACUUCGGCUGCGGCUCCUCCCGCGAACACGCCCCCUGGGCGCUCCUAGACUUCGGCAUCAAGUGCAUCAUCGCACCCUCGUUCGCCGAUAUCUUCUUCAACAACACCUUUAAGAACGGCAUGCUCCCCGUCGUCAUUCCCGACGCCGCUGUUCUCGAGAAGAUCGCCGAGGAGGCCCGCGCUGGCCGCGAGGUCGAGGUCGACCUCGUUAACCAGCAGAUCAAGGAUGCCGAGGGCAACGUGCUGGCUUCCUUUGACGUUGAUGGCUUCCGCAAGCACUGCCUCGUCAACGGUCUCGAUGACAUUGGUCUCACCCUUCAGAUGGAGGACAAGAUUCGCACCUUCGAAGCCAAGCGUACCCUCGAGACUCCCUGGCUCGAUGGCAAGGCCUACCUUCGACGUGGGAAACGCGGUGGUGCGACCAUGGUUGAGGCUGCGCCUGUUCCCAAGACGAAUCGCGGCGACGUCAAGGGCGAGCCUCUGGAGUGGUAGACAUGAUGCUCCCACCGAUCUAUUCAAAUCCAGCCCCGUCUAUCUCUCUUCCCCCUUUUUCUCUCUCCAUAAUGAGUCACUUGAUACGAGAUUGCGUUAGCCGUGCGAAAAGAAUUUUUUUUCUUGUUUUUAUUCAGAAUCCAUGGCAUCAAGGCAUUGGGACGAGUUUCGGAAUUUUCUUUACUUAUUACAACCACUAGUACGAACAAUAUACCAGGCUAUAGCAGUCAAUAUAUUAUCUUAUUACAAAUAUCUUGCCACUCAGAUCUACAGAGUAAG